UACAGGCACAAGAAGGGGCUGGAGGAGUUGGGGGGGGGCAGGAGCCGGGAGAACAAAGAACCGAGAGCAUCUCUGGGCGAGUCUGUCCUGGGGGGGCUCAUUAACCCCUCCCUGCCCGGCCGGGGGGCGGGAUUUCUCCAGCUGGGACCAGCCCCCACGGGCUCUGCCCGCAUCCGCUCCGGAGCCAGGGCUCGGUGACCUUCGAGGAGGUGGCUGUGUAUUUCACCAGGGAAUUGUGUUUCAGAGAACCCUCUACAGAGCCGUCAUGCAGGAGAACUGCGAGAAUGUGGCCUCGCUGGCAGGUGAGGGGAUGGUGAGUGAGAAUGAGGAGCAGACGCCUCAGCAGGAAGACGCUGAGCCCGUGGAAGCGUAUGGGGCAUUAUCGCAAAGAUUUGAAGGGAUUGUGUCCAUGAGUUGUGAGCAGGGAAAAAGUUGUGAGGUUCAGCACAGGCCAGAAAGGGAGCAGGGAACUGAGCCGAGGGAGAAAGAGGGUAAUUGUCAGGAAAGUCACAAGGAAACCACAGCCCAACAGAGCAACCCCACAAGCGAGAGAGGCCACACACGCCCUGAGCGGGGAGAAAACGUUGGUAGCCCUCCAUCUGUUCUUCAACACAAGAGAAUCCGCGCCGGAGAGCCACCCCACAAGUGCAGGGAGUGUGGGAAGACCUUCCGUCGGAACUCGCACCUUGUUCGCCACCAGAGCGUGCACACGGGAAACCGACCCUUCCGAUGCUCGGAGUGUGGGAAAAGCUUCAGCGUGAGCUCCAACCUGAUGGCCCAUGAGACCAUCCACACGGGCAAUCGCCCAUUUUCCUGUUCCGAGUGCGGGAAGAGCUUCAACCGACGCUCCAACCUGAUCACGCACUGGAGAAUUCACGUGGGAAAGAAGCCCUUCACCUGCUCGGAGUGCGGGAAAAGCUUCACGGACAGCUCGAACCUCAUCCGGCACCAGCGAACCCACACGGGGGAGCGACCCUAUGAGUGCUGCGAGUGCAGGAAAACCUUCACGGACAGUUCUGACCUUAUCCGGCACCAGCGAACCCACACGGGGGAGCGACCCUACGCGUGCUGCGAGUGCGGGAAAAGCUUCAGUCGGAGCUCCACCCUCAUUCGGCAUCAGAGGAUCCACACGGGAGAGACGCCCUAUAAGUGCCGCGAAUGCGGGAAAAGCUUCAGCGUGAGUUCCAACCUUAUCACGCACUGGCGAAUUCACACGGGGCAUCGACCCUUCGCCUGCUCCGACUGCGGGAAGAGUUUCACCGACAGCUCCAACCUCACUCAACAUCAGAGAAUACACAGGAGGGAGAACCCCUAUAGCUGCCCCGAGUGCGGGAAAAGCUUCACUCAGAGCUCGGCUCUUCUCGCACAUCAGCGGAUCCACACAGGAGAGCGACCCUACGAAUGCUGCGAGUGCGGGAAAACCUUCAGCGUGAGCUCAGCCCUCGUUGCGCAUCAGAGACUCCACACAGGGGACAGACCCUAUAAAUGCUCUGAGUGCGGGAAAAGCUUCAGCGUGAGCUCAACCCUCAUUAUACAUCAGCGAAUUCACACGGGGGAAAGGCCCUAUCGAUGCUCGGAGUGUGGGAAAAGCUUCAAUCAGAGCUCCCACCUGGUUAGGCACCAGAGUCUCCACCGGGGAGAUAAAAAAAAUACAUGCGCGGAGUGCGGGAAACAUUUCAGUUACCACUCAGGCCUUGUUAGACAUGAGAUAAUUCACAUGAAAGAGAGACCCUACGAAUGCAGUGACUGUGGGAAAAGUUUCACUCAGCGCUUAAAACUUAUUGCGCACCAGAGACUCCACACAGGGGAGAGACCCUAUGAAUGCCGCAAGUGUGGGAAACGCUUCACUCGACGAUCAAACCUUUUUACGCAUCAGAAAAUCCACACGGGAGACAGACCCUAUGAAUGCCGUGAGUGUGGGACGAGCUUCACCGACAGCUCGGCCCUUCUGAAACAUCAAAGAAUCCACGCGGGAGAGAGACCCUAUGAAUGCUGCGAGUGCGGGAAAAGCUUCGCUCAGCAAGCAAGCCUCAUUACACAUCAGAGAAUCCACACGGGGGAGAGACCCUAUGUAUGCUGCGAGUGCGGGAAAAGCUUCACACGGAGUUCAAACCUUAUCACUCAUCAGAGAAUCCACACAGGGCAGAGGCCCUACGAAUGUUGUGAGUGUGGGAAAACCUUCACGGAUAGCUCAGCCCUUCUUAAACACCAAAGAAUCCACACUGGAGAGAGACCCUACGUAUGCGGCGAGUGCGGGAAAAGCUUCACUCGCGGCUCAAACCUCAUUACACAUCACAGAAUCCACACUGGCGAGAGACCCUAUGAAUGUUGCGAAUGUGGGACAAACUUCAUUGACAGCUCAGCCCUUCUUAAACAUCAGAGAACCCACACAGGAGAGAGACCCUAUGAAUGCGGCGAGUGCGGGAAAACCUUCACUCAGAGCUCAAAACUGGUCACGCAUCGGAGAACCCACACAGGGGAGAGACCCUAUGAAUGCGCUGAGUGCGGGAAAACCUUUAUUCAGAGUUCAGACCUUAUUAGACAUGAGAGAACCCACACGGGGGAGAGACCUUAUGAAUGCGGUGAGUGCGGGAAAAGCUUCACUCAGAUAUCAAGCCUCAUUACGCACCAGAGGCUCCAUAUGAGGGCGAGACCCUAUAAAUGUGGUGAGUGCGGGAAAAGCUUCACCCAGAGUUCAUACCUUAUCAGACACCAACGAACCCACAGAGGAGGGCCUUUGGGAACGCUGUGAGUGUGGAAACAGCUUUACACGGAGAUCAUAAGACAUUUUUUUAUCAUAAGAAAAUCCACACCGGAGAGAGCUCUUCUCGGCGCUGUGAUUGUGGGAAAAGAUCCACUCAGACCUUACUCUGCAUCAGAGGAUCCACAAAGGGGUGAGAACCUGUGAAUGUUGUAAGUGUGAGGAAAAACUUCCCUGACCGCUCAGCCCUCAUUCCAAAUCAGAGAAUCCACCUGUGAGAGAGACCCCGGGAAAGUGAUGAGUGCGGGAAAAGCUUCACCCAGAACUCAGACACCUCAUCGUAUCAUCAGCGAAACUGUACAAGGGAACAACACCAUGAAACCGUUGUCUAGAACUGUCAACUUUUUAAAAAAAAAGUCUUUUGCUAAUUCCGACAUGAUGACCUUAUCCUAUGAUCUGGGAAAUGCUGCCCUUUAUGUUGCAAAUGGAAACAGAAGUGAGGGGUUUUGGUUGAAUUUACCCUCUGUAGGUGAGGCAAAUGUGUAUAAAAUGAGAUCAGUGUUGAAAAUGAAACAGUAGCCCAGGGAUAGGCAACCUAUGGCACACGAGCUGAUUUUCAGUGGCACUCACACUGCCCAGGUCCUGGCCACUGGU